AUGGCGGCGACAAAAGCUCGAUCUCGAUUUAAGAAUGCUGUAUACAGAGUAGUAAGAAGUGAAUACCAAUUAGAGAGAAGACUCGAACUCAUCAACGCCUUUAUCAACCAUAACCUACGAGAAGAAUUGUAUCUGGCUAGUGGGGUAGGGGAGAAAGACAAACCCAUGUGGAAGGUGAUUGAGACGAAUAUGUUAUUACAAGAACAUGCGGUAAAUUUAGAGGAAAAUCGGUUACUAUGGAAACAAUGGAACCGUGGAAACCAAACAGAAGGAAAACCCUGCAGUAAAAAUCCCGUACCUCAUGUUUGUAUCUGUGAUCAAAAUAUUGUGCCUAAAAGUAAAAGAAAGAAGAAGAAGGGAAGAGGAACUGGGCUACCAGCGUGGUACAAGAGAGAUAAGGAGACGACUGACGAGGAUAGAUACUGUUGCUGUUGUUGUAAGUCACGUGACAGAACUGCGACACCUGUGCCCAUAGUUGAAGUCAAGCACGACGACACGUCCUCCGAUCAUUCCGAGUCGCUAGUCUCGUCUGCUACCAGUUCUAACACAAACUCGUUUGUGAACUCGAAAAGUACCACUGUUUCAAAACCCGGAAGUGUUGGUUCUAAAGCCGGAAGUACUGUUUCGAAAAGCGGAAAUGUUGGUUUGAAAACUGAAAAGGUUGUUAAGAACUGGUUAAAGAACAAUGGUUCUAAUCUGAAAACAAGAAAUGCUGUUUCUAAAACCGGAAGUGAACGAUCUGUUGCUAGUGCCAACAAAAGUUUAGGGAUCACCAAUGAUAGAAACUCGAGACAAAGUUCAGACGUCAGUGCGAAACAGAGUACUAUUGUUGGUUUGAACAACAAUGGAAAAAUUGCUCCAAAAUCACCAUCAUUGAAGCCUCCGGGUACAAUCAGUGUAAAGUCUGUUGAAGAUGACCAGAUUAACCAAUCCAAAUCCAUGGUGGCGGAAGAUAAACAGACAAAUAAACCUAGGAACUUAUUAUUAGACGUCCCAGAGUACCAUACUAGUACAAUAUCAAUGUCAGGUCCCCAUACGGCUACGACAAAUGAAUCUGUUUCUGGUGACACAUCAGCAGAAGUUACAACGGUUGACGUAGCAGUAAACACAAUUCUGUCCUAUCCCGAACCCAAACCACCAGUAGAUGACAUCUUCUCAAGAAUAAAGAAAAAGCCUGUCGAAUCACAAUCUCCAAAAUCCAUGGUUCGUAAAAACGACUCGCUGAAGCCCGGUAAUACCUUGAAGAUCUACAAGAUGGCGAAUCGGGAUAUUCAGAAGAAACUGGCCCAACAAAAAGCAGCUCGCGAGGAGACAGAAAAAGCCGUCUUGGGCUUAACUUCUCAGAAUGAUUUGGGUGAUACAGAAAAGGAGGAAUCUCCCAAGGAAAAUAACAUUGAAUCAGAAACGAAGACGGAUGACGAAGUUGAAAGUGAUGUAGAAAAUGCGAGCAUCACAGAUCGAGAAACAGAAUCUGACGUCAACUUCGAUGUCCCAAAAGGGACAGAAAAGAAAUCCUCCACGUGUCGAAUUAUGUGA